AUGGCUGAGGCGGCAAAGGCGCCCGCGCGCCUCGGGCUUCUCAGAGAAGCGGCUCAGUGGCCUCUGAAGCGGUACGGCCGCUUGUUGGCCCUGGGCACUGGAGAGCUGCCUGAACCCAGCCUGGAAGCCGGAGAAGACCCCUGCAAGUGGAAGGUGUUUGAGUCCAAUGAAGAAUCUGGCUAUCUUGUUCUCACCAUUGUGAUAUCAGGCCAUUUCUUCAUUUCCCAAGGACAGACUCUACUGGAAGGGUUUUCACUGAUUGGGAGCAAGGACUGGCUGAAGGUCGUAAGGCGCAUGGACUGUCUGCUGAUUGGACCAGUAGUCAAGGACCAGGGUCGCAUGUUUCGGGUGCAGUUUGCCGGAGAGUCGCAGGAGCAGGCGCUGGGACACUGCUGCAGCUGUGCGCAGAGCCUGGCCCAGUACGUAGAUGUGGGGGUGUGCGACGGAGACACCCAGGCGCUGCAGCUGAGCCCCUCCUCACCAACGGUGGCCGAGAGCCCAGGGAAGGACCGUGUGCAGAGUGGCCCGCUGUGGCCAUGGUGUGGAUCCCAGCAGCAGCUGGAGCAGUCAGUGUGUGAAGCCGGCGGUGCAGGCACACCAGAGGGGAGGAUCUCCGUGCAGCAGCGAGCUCAGUCUAUCCUGGCAUCGGAGACACUGCCCCCUGCGUAUGGACAGUCGGUGUGGGAUGCGGAGGAGCUGGGCCCCUUUCUACGCCUGUGCCUCAUGGAUCAGCAUUUCCCAGCGUUUGUGGAUGACGUGGAAAAGGAGCUUAAAAAGCUGACAAGCUGAGAAAUUACUUUCUAUGUACACCUGUAACUUCUUCCUAAAAUUGGAGAAGAUAUUAAAGAUUAUUCCAAACACCUUUUAUCAAUGUUUUAUUUUUAAAAACAGGUUGAGUCCACUUUUUAUACAUCAUUGCACUUCAACAAUGACACGAAACACAAGUACAUGCAUCUAAGUUGUGCACCGCUUGAGGACCCUGUUAGGUUAUAAAAUCUACCAUCCAACAGUAAAUUAAUGUGAAAAAAUACAGUGUCAAACCAAAAAAGAAUUAUCGUUGCAUAGAAUAUCACCAUGCUAUAACAUCUCAAGGUCACUGAAAACGAAGGGUAAAUUAUAAAAGUUUGCCUCGACUGAAUAUACAAGAGUAAGGUUCAACACAUCAGUGCAAAAGGAUUUCAGAAUUUACAUGAUUUAAAAAAAAAAAAAAAAAAACA